CCGGGAGCAGGCGGGGCGGCCCCGGAGGAGUACCGCAUCCCGGCGCCCGUCUCGCAGGGAAAAUGGAAAAACAAGGAGCGCGUGCUGAUUUUCUCUUCCCGGGGAAUUAACUUCAGAACGAGGCACCUAAUGCAGGACUUAAGGACGCUGAUGCCGCACUCCAAAGCAGACACUAAAAUGGACCGUAAAGACAAGUUGUUUGUAAUUAAUGAGGUGUGUGAAAUGAAAAACUGCAAUAAAUGCAUCUUUUUUGAAGCCAAGAAAAAACAGGAUCUGUACAUGUGGCUCUCAAAUGCACCCCAGGGACCAUCAGCCAAGUUUUUAGUGCAGAACAUUCACACACUGGCGGAGUUGAAGAUGACUGGAAACUGCUUACGGGGCUCACGGCCCCUUUUGUCUUUUGAUCCAACAUUUGACAAGGAGCCGCAUUAUGCCUUGUUAAAAGAGUUGUUUAUUCAGAUAUUUAGUACACCACAGUAUCACCCCAAGAGCCAACCCUUUGUAGAUCACGUAUUCACAUUCACCGUUACAGACAAGAGGAUCUGGUUUCGGAAUUACCAGAUCAUAGAAGAGGAUGCAUCUCUAGUGGAAAUUGGGCCUCGUUUUGUUUUGAAUCUCAUCAAAAUCUUCCAGGGUAGUUUUGGAGGACCAACUCUGUAUGAAAAUCCCUAUUACCAGUCCCCAAAUAUGCAUCGGAGAUUGAUAAGAUUAUCAGUGGCUGCUAAAUUUAGAGAGAAACAGCAAGUGAAGGAAGCACAAAAGAUGAAGAAAARGGAAACUAAGAUGCUUGUUAAAGAUGACUUCACCGAAACUGUCUUUGAGACUCCAGCUGAAGAAAAGCCCGUGGAAAUACAGCUUGUGAAACCAGAACCAAAGGCAACUGUAAAAGAUAAAAGGAAGCCACGCAAAACUCAAAGGAAGAAGCAAAAAAAGCUUUUCAGAAUUCAAGCAUAAAUGUUACAAAUGACAAAAUUAAGCAGACUCCAAAGUCAUCUAUUAGACUAGUAUAUAUACCUAGCUMUAUUUUAUAGCUAUCUUUACGUAAUAUUGUAAAUACUUGUU